UGAUUUCCUUGGAUCUUUAAAACCCCAUUUUCCAGUGAUACUGCACUAACACAUAUUUGUUUUAGUUUUGUGUUUGUUGUUGUCGUCCUCUACUCCUGACGCAUCAAUUCAGUACAUUUCCUGGCUGAGAUUAUUGCGAGAUCGCAGGUCAGGAGGAUGACUGCUCGAGUGCGUUUCUCGUUGAUUGCCGUUUUAUCAUGUCUGUUCGGAUACUUGAGCAUAACUCAUGCUAUUCAAAGACGAGCCACAGUGGGUGGUUUCUGUCCAGUGACACUGACUGUUGUGCCAUCCCGUCGAGGAUGUUCUUCUGAUGAAGAAUGCCCUGGAGGACACAAAUGCUGUCAAUUUGACUGCGGGCCUGUUUGUGUACUACCGGUUUCCUUGAAGCCAGGUCAAUGUCCCCUACCGGAGAUGAUUCCACAGCGUGCUGAAGGCUGUCUCCGUGAUGGCCAGUGUCCUGCCACACAGAAAUGUUGCCCGAUCACUGGUGGCUUUGCAUGCAGUGAACCACGUGGUCAGGGCCAGGGAAGCGGCCAGGGCCAGGGAAGCGGUCAAGGCCAUGGCCAGGGAAGUGGUCAGGGCAAGGGAAGCGGCCAGGGCCACAGCCAAGGCCAGGGAAGCGGCCAGGGCAAGGGCCAGGGAAGCGGUCAGGGCUACGGCCAGGGUCAGGGAAGCAGUCACGGCAAGGUCCCGGGAAGUGGUCAAGGCCACAGUCAGGGCCACAGUCAGGGAAGCGGUCAGGGCCACAGUCAGGGAAGCGGUCAGGGCCACGGCCAGGGUCAGGGAAGCGGUCAAGGCAAGGUCCAGGGAAGCGGUCAGGGCCACAGUCAGGGAAGCGGUCAGGGCCACAGUCAGGGAAGCGGUCAGGGCCACGGCCAGGGUCAGGGAAGCGGUCAAGGCAAGGUCCAGGGAAGCGGUCAUGGCCAGGGAGCUGGCCAGGGCCGCGGUCAGGGCCACAGCCAGGGAAGCGGUCAGGGCCACAGUCAGGGAAAUGGCCAGGACAAGGGAAGCAGUCAAGGCAAGGGUCAGGGAAGUGGCCGGGGCCAAGGAAGUGGUCAAGGCAAGGGUCAGGGAAGCGGCCACGGCCAGGUCCAGGGAAGCGGUCAGGGCAAGGGAAGCGGCCAGGGCCACAGCCAAGGCCAGGGAAGCGGCCAGGGCAAGGGCCAAGGAAGCGGUCAGGGCCACGGCCAGGUCCAGGGAAGCGGUCAGGGCUACGGCCAGGGUCAGGGAAGCAGUCAAGGCAAGGUCCCGGGAAGCGGUCAGGGCCACAGUCAGGGAAGCGGUCAGGGCCACGGCCAGGGAAACGGUCAGGGCUACGGCCAGGGUCAGGGAAGCGGUCAAGGCAAGGUCCAGGGAAGCGGUCAUGGCCAGGGAGCUGGCCAGGGCCGCGGUCAGGGCCACGGCCAGGGAAGCGGUCAGGGCCACAGUCAGGGAAAUGGCCAGGACAAGGGAAGCAGUCAAGGCAAGGGCCAGGGAAGCGGUCAGGGCAAGGGCCAGGGAAGCGGUCAGGGCAAGGGCCAGGGAAGCGGUCAGGGCAAGGGCCAGGGAAGCGGCCAGGGCCAUGGCAAGGCAAGUGGCCAGGGCCAUGGUCAGGGCCAUGGAAGCGGUCAGUGCCAGUGCCAGGGCAGUGGCCAGUGCCAGAGUUGUGAUUGUGGAGGUGGUUGCGGAUGUGGUCAUGGUGGGGGAUGUAAUUGUUGAAAUGGUCAAGGGUAUUUUGCGUGACACUCAAUGGUGCUCUUCUCAGUUUGGUGCUUUUAUUCUUAUGGAAUGUUUUCCCUGUUUGUUCAUGGUUUACAAAGACUUGUCCAUCAAAUAAAAAAUAAUUGCUUGAUUUUGAA